GUGUACGAGGUUCGGGGUGAUCCCUUAUUUUAGGUAAUCCGGGAUUACUGACCCCGUUGUCGUCACGCUAGUUCCGAGAAUUGUUGACUCUGUUCAAAACCGCGUGAAUUCUCGGAAAAUCCGCAUUCAUCACCAGCAGCAUGGAGACUUCUAGCACUACAGACCUCCACUACGACAGGAACCUCGAUGUUGGCUACAAAAUCCGUAAAGUCGGGUUCCCAGUUUUGGGGUUUCUAUGUUUUGUGUUGUUGGUAGUUUGUAUCGUUCUUGGUGUGUUGUACUAUCAAGCGAAAGCAUUGAAGAACGACAAACCUGCUGAAGUUGUGAAGUAUGACAUCUGUGAUACAGACGAGUGUUUUUAUCUGGGGAUGGAUCUCGUAAAGACGUUGAAUAAGAGUGUCGAUCCAUGCGAAGACUUCUAUCGCUAUGCUUGCGGUGGAUGGCAGCACUCGAACCCACUCAAGGAGGAUGAAACAGUGGUUACAGGUUUUAGCAUUGUCCAAAACAGAAACCUCAAUAUUCUCAAGACAGCGCUGGAAAACGCACCAUCCAACUACUCCAAGAACGAAGCCGUGAUGAAAACGGCGCGUGCGUACAAUUCAUGCAUCGACAUAUCAUCUAUGGACGCCCGCGGUACCAAACCGCUAAUAGACCUGAUCAAACGCUACGGCGGGUGGAGCAUCACGGGUAAUUACAACAGCUCGAUGGAUUUAUUGCAACGAAUCGGGACCGUGGCACGUGACCUUAACGUCAACUCAUUCAUCGGUGUGCAAGCCAGGACUGAUAUCUACGAUUCGUCCAGUACUAUUCUAGAAUUUAUUCCAGCAACUCUAGGAAUGAACUAUGACUAUUAUCUAAGCGAGGAACAGGACAAGAAACAGGUCCUGUCGGCGUACUAUGAUUACAUGACAGCCGUUGGUAAAGCCCUUGGAGGGUCAAAAGGUCAGCGCAAAAUGGCCGACAUCUAUUCAUUUGAAAUGAAACUUGCCAAGAUCGCUAGCGGCAAGGACCCCGAAGAUGAGUUGUUGGAAUCGCUAGUGUCGCUGAAGCGACAACGGAAAAGCAUACCAGACAUGAGGAAGAGUCUCGACACAUUCUGCACAAAAACAGGAUUUCGAUGGUCAACCAUUAGUGAUCUGCUGCGAUUUGUGUUCAACAACCACAUAGAUGCCAGCUCUAAGGUACUGAUGGUGAACGAAGCUUACUACACCCGACUAUCGACUAUAUUCGACUCAUACAGGCGCUUGGAUCCAGGAAUCAUUGCAGACUACGUAAUGUGGCGCGUCUUAGAUAAAUACAUUGACACGUUGCCAAGCAGCAUUUCAUCUCUGAAACUUCCAUUCUUUAAAGCCCUUGGUGAGGACAUUAACACCCCUCGAUGGAAAGACUGCAUCAAAAACAUGCUGGACGUGGCCACCAUGCCCCUUGGACUUCUCUUUAUUGAUACUCACUUCGAUGACGCGACGAAAAAAAGCGUGGAAGAGAUGACGGAGCUCGUUCGUCAGUCUUUUAUUGACAGGCUGCCGGUUCAGUACUGGAUGGAUGCUGCUACACAGAAACAAGCAAAAGAUAAGGCUCUUGCAAUUAAAGUUGACAUUGGCUAUCCACCGUUCAUCCGGGACCCGGAAAAACUUGCCGCCAUGUACCGAGAGGUUAAUAUAUCCGAUGACUGGUUUGAGAAUUUAAUAUCGGCCAAUCGAUUCGUUCGUCUGCAGAACAUAAACUCUUACGGGAAUCCUGUGGACAAAGAUCAGUGGUUCUACAGUCCCGCCCGAGUCAAUGGAUAUUACUCCCCACAGCAGAACAGGAUAGUCUUUCUUGCUGGGAUCAUCCAACCACCCUUUUAUGAGCCUAAAUAUCCAAGGUAUCUAAAGUACGGUGCCAUCGGAAUGGUAAUCGGUCACGAGAUUACGCACGGGUUCGACGGAACAGGCCGCUUGUAUGACAAGUAUGGUAACCUCAGGGAAUGGUGGUCAGCGGGGUCAAGCUAUAACUUCAUGCGUAAAGCGUCCUGCAUCGUGAAUCAGUACGACACGUACAAAGUGUUUGAUAAAUAUGUUAAUGGAACAAAAACCCUAAAUGAGAACAUUGCUGAUAAUGGUGGAAUCAAACUUGCUUAUGAGGCCUAUAUGAAGUGGACCAAAAUACAUGGAAAUGAAAAAAUCCUCCCUGGCCUAGCUCUCAGCCCAGAACAGCUGUUCUUUGUAGGAUUUGCUCAGCCUUGGUGCAGCAUCUACAAAAAGUCAGCUGCCUACAGGCAACUCCAGACAGACCCUCACAGCUUUCCUGAGUACAGGGUGUUUGGUUCACUUGCAAACUUUGACAAGUUCUCCAAAGCAUUCAAAUGCUCUUCAAAAAGCCGCAUGAAUCCUACUUCUAAGUGCAGUGUAUGGUAAACAUACAGUAACAGUUUUUUAUUUUGUAUUUGAAAUAAGUAUGAGUUUUAGAGUAAAGGGAAAUUUCAUCCCUAAUACUGUUAAGUUUAGUUACUGAAUUAAUCACAAAUAAAACUUCCUUUGGAAAA